AUGGGUGCAAGCGAAGUUGUCAAACGUUUAAUAAGGCCCUUAUACAACUCUGGUCGAAAUUUAACAGUUGAUAAUUGGUAUAUGGGAUAUGAAUUAUCUCAAGAUCUCCUAAAGAAGAAAAUUACGAUAGUAGGUACAAUGCGUAAAAAUAAGAGAGAAAUCCCACCUGAGUUUCUGGCAAAGAAAAGAGAAGUAUAUUCUUCAAUUUUCGGUUUUCAGAAAGAAGCAACACUUGUAUCUUAUGUGCCGAAAAAAAAUAAGAGUGUGAUCCUGUUAUCCACAAUGCAUUCCGGCGAUCAAAUCGAUGAAUCUACUGGGGAAUCUAAAAAGCCUGAAAUCAUUACAUUCUAUAACAUGACAAAAGGAGCAGUCGAUGUUUGUAGAUGA